AUGGCUACGCUGGCGCCUUCUGCGGUGCGUGCGCGUCUAGCAGUGGUGCUGCGCCGGAGUGCAGCAGCCCCUUCCACUUCGCCGUCACUACCAUCACAUCGACCACGGCUACAAUGUGUGUCGGUAGCAGCGGCAGCAGCCUUUUCUACAUCUCCAGCGCUCGCAAAGCGCCGUCGAUACCAGCCCCGCGACAACAACCGGCUGCGAGGCGUUUCCAGCACCCGGCGAACCGGCCCCCGCGAAUUCCUGUCCGUGUCGGACGAGCGUCUGCCACGGCCGGCAGAGUCUGCUAAGGCGGCGGCGGCAAAACCCGAGAUCGACCCGGAGCACGGGUUGUGGCAGUUCUUCUACGACGGUCAGGUGGCACAGCCGCCGGCUAAGGACGUGGCGUUUGGUCGUGCGUGGACGGCUGAGGAGCUGCGGCGCAAGAGCUGGGACGACCUGCACCGGCUGUGGUGGGUCUGCGUCAAGGAGCGCAACCGGAUCGCGACGGCGGCGGUGGCACGAAAGCAGUUUGAUCUUGGCUUCGGGCAGUACGAGAGCGAAGAACGUGAUGCAGCGGUCAGACAAACGAUGCGAGGCAUUAAGCACGUCCUGACAGAGCGUUUCUACACUUGGGAGGACGCAGUGGACCUGGCACGAUCGGACCCGGAAAUUGACCUGUCGGGCGAGGGUCCGGCAUUCCGACCGGCAGCAUACCUGGAGGACGAGGGUCCGCUAGGCAGCGAGGAGGCCAGCAUGACUGCUGAAGCACAGACAGAGGCUGGGCAUCAGCAGGCUCCAGCGAGAUGA